CAAGGUCGCAACAGAGCCUGUCAUAUUACCCAGAAUCCUUUACGUACUUCCUUAGAGUUGAAAAUGGCGGCGAGGGCACCAGCUGCUACCGGCAGGCUUCUGCAGGGAUUCCGUAAAUGGUACUACAACGCUUGCGGAUUCAACCAGAUCGGUCUUAUGCGAGAUGACACCAUACAUGAAGAUGAUGAUGUAAAGGAAGCCAUCCGCAGGUUACCUGAAAACGUGUACAAUGACAGAAUGUUCCGCAUCAAGAGGGCCCUUGACCUCUCCAUGAAACAUGCGGUUCUCCCCAAGGACCAAUGGACUAAAUACGAGGAGGACGAUCACUACCUAGAACCCUACCUGAAAGAGGUGAUUCGGGAGCGGAAGGAGAGGGAGCAGUGGAGUAAGAAGUAAAGGGAUUGUGGAGGUUGCACACCACUUGUGGUCUGGUCUCUGGUGUGAUGUAUUUAAAAAUGAAAGUGUAUUAUGUGUACGGUCUCUGUAGUUAUUAAAGUCUCUUUUAAUUGAAAGUC